CAGCUGGGGGAGGAUUUCCGACCCACUCACAGCGAAGAUGGUGGCACAGGAGUGGAGGUAUUACGUUGGUCCGGAUAGGACGACACACCAGCCCCCAAACUCCCGCUGUAGCUCUUUUUUCCUUUAGUCCCUGAGUCCAGCAGAGAGCUGUGUCAGGGGGGGAAAGGGAGGCAACCAGCGGCGGACGGAAGAGGACGCACCACAGCCAGAGCGCAUAGUGUUGUGUUUGUUGGACACAUGCAUGCCAGCGAAAACUAGUGCUACCCAGACCUGAAGAAUUACUUGGAAUAAGGAGUUAUUGCUGUUUGUGGGGCGGUUUUUGAUAAUCCCACCGAAGACCUUCUCAAAGGGCUUCCUUUCUCGCUCUGGGGAUUCUUGUUUUGCCUAUUUGCUCCGGGGGAAUGCGAAAGGAGGAAAUCCAGCCUCUGCUCCAAAUAACCAGAGACUCCUAACUGGGUCUCCUCUCCAAACUCAGGAAAUACGGCCUGGGAAAAAAAGUUUGGGAGACUUUGGAAACAAGAGGGGGCCUAUCGCUGACGUUUCACACGCGCUUCACGACAUGGUUUUUUGGGACCACUUUUAAUCUGAGACCUGAAGCUGUCCCUCAUUAAGUUAAUGAAAAGCGGUCAAAUGUUACACUCCGUGGGUGUUGUUAUUGCAAAAGUUUUGAUCAUCACUAUUUAUAGACCAGCCUGCUCCGACCGAGGUUGUUCCUCAUAGCUGUAUAUUUUGCCAACUGCGCGCAACAAGUUGCAGACACUCCCAGCAGAGGCAAAGCGACACUAAUCUGGGCCAGCGGAAGGUAUUUUCUGCUCUUCUCCUUUUGGAUUACGCGUCUUUGCAUAGCGCAUACCCCUCCUCGACCACCUCUUUGGAAGGCAGGGGGGGAAUAAACGGUGGAAAUCCGGAGAGGGAGUUCAGGAAAGGACGGGGCUGGAUCCGUGGGAAUAGGCCUGCCUGUCAGGCCUCUCAUGAUCUGGAUCUUGGACCGGACAGGGCUCCAAAAUAACUCAGUCUGGAUUAUUUUUCAAGGAUCCGCUGGGAUUAAGAUGGAAGAAGAAUGUAUGGGGGAAAGAAAUGCAAAUCCUUAGCACACUGAGCCAUGCACGAGAUGGGUUGUAGAGGAAAGUAAAGUUGCAUUAAUUACAGAUCAUCUGGUUUUUAAUCAACAGGGAGAGCAGGGUGCACACAGGGAGGGUUUUACAGCAGUCACAGUUAAACUCAUGUAAAGAGACAGCAGAGAGUUUCAGAGUGAGGACUGAUAUCACUUUUUAUUAAAGCACUCUUCUUUAGAUUUCUUCUUUAUGAUAAGGGAUUUUUAAAGUAUUAUAAAUUGUUUAUCACUUCUAGCUUUGCAUAACAACAUUUAGUGUUCUCACAGGCUAGAGGGAGAGUGAGUGUGCCAUUAGUCGCGCAUGCUGUGCAGAUAAGAGGGACAGUGUAACUUUUGCAGCCACUUGCUUUGCACAACGCCAACUGUUGACAGCCUGAAUCUGGGUCUGCUCACACGAUGAAGCCCUGGACCUGAACGCUGCUUUUUUCCACGCGAACAACCUUUUUACGGAAUGAAGAAAACCCUCGGCAUGUCUCCUGCUUUGACUUUGUAAUGUCAGCAGUAUCGGUAUUGCGCACAUACAGAUGAGGUAAUUUCCAGUCAUGCAACGUCAGGAAUGACUUGAUGAAGGCAUAUUAAAAUCCGUUGCAUCACAACGUUGUCCUUUCCGAGAAGGAUGUUGAAUUCAAGAGGCAGAAAGAGUGAUGACAGUGUUUUUACCGCAGCUGGGGAGAACGCCGGGCUCGUACCCAGAGCCUCUUUGGAGAAGGAUACAUGUAAUGUGAGUACUGACGCAAACCCGGGCUCGGAUAAUGAACUGCUCAAGAAACUGGAACGGCGCGUCUUGUGUGAGUGAAUGUGCAGGCUGCUGUGUGCGUAGCAAAGACGUGUGUGCCGUGCUCACCAUACAUGCAGUGUGAUUAUUCCAACAAACACCUUUGCUCUCUCUGUGUCCCUCUCUUCUCCUCGUGCCACAUGUGCUCACACUGCGCCCACGCUCUCUGUCUGACUGCCUGAGCGCCAUGGGAAGAUAUUAUUAAUAUUUAACAACCCCCUCGUUUCUCGUCACAUAAGUCAAUAUGGCCACUCUGCAACAUCACCGGCAGCUUCUCAUGCAUGGCACGGAGGUAAGCUGCGACUCCAGCGGUGAUGGCGCAGUGACCGUGCGGAUUACCAACAGCGCGCCACACGUGCAUCAACAUGAGCCGCUGAGGGCUGCCAGCAGUGGAGCUGGAGGAUAUGGCGCUGUGAGUAAAAUGAACCCUAACCUCCACAAAUACAGCAUCUCUUCCAGCUGCAGCUCAGCAGACUCCAGACCGGCAUUGACGACCUCCUCCUCCAGGGUGCACAGGGAGGCCCCGCCCCUUUUUGAACGCUCUGCAGCCCAGUGCUGGGACCCCAAGUUUGACUCUGCCAUCCUAGAGGAUGCGUGCCAAGACAGGUGCUUCCCUCAGACACAGCGGCGCUUCCGUUAUGUGCUGUUCUACCUGGCGGUGUCAGCUGUGCUCUGGGGGGUGUACUUUGGGGUCAACAGCGACCGCUGUGACCCUGUGACCUUUUUAGCCCCCACAGCCUCCUUUUUAGUCCUCCUUGUGCUCCUCUUUUUGUUCACCCUAACCCAGCCUUACACGUGUCUGUACAAUCAAACUUCCCUGCUCCUCAUUGCGAUCACCUUCGCCAUCACUUUAGCUCCUCAGAUCCAGACUGCUGGUUUCACAGAGCUGGGGUGGGCUGGUGGCGGGAAUGCCUCGUAUUUCUCAUCAAACAGAGAAGCACCACCUCCCACUCCUUGCAUCUCUCCUGUGGGCACCUUUUCCCUGUGCAUGGAGGUGCUGCUGCUGCUCUACAGUGUCCUCCAUGUUCGUCUGUAUGCCUCUGUCAUGCUGGGGCUCCUUUAUUCUAUAUUGUUUGAGGCGUUGGAGUGGCUCCCGCUGCUUCAAAGGAGUUAUGACACACCUGGAUGGGGGACGGGGUUAGUGGGUUCAGAUUGGAAAGAAGACACGCUCCACUGGCUGGCCCCGGCGAAAGCUCUGCUCCACCUGUGCGCCCAUGUCAUAGGCAUUCACCUGUUCAUCAUGUCGGAGGUGCGGUCCCGCAGCACCUUCCUGAAGGUGGGCCAGGCCAUCAUGCACGGCAGAGACUUAGAGGUGGAGAAGGUCUUGAAGGAGCGUAUGAUCCACUCGGUCAUGCCAAGGCGAGUUGCAGACGAGCUGAUGAAGCAAGGGGAUGAUGAGGGUGGUGGCGAGAACUCUGGCAAGCGUUAUUCCUCUGGUGCCUGCUCUGCCUCGGCCGUCUCAGUAGGCGGCGGAGGCGGUGGAGCUUCACAAUCUCAAAGUGCCACACACCCUAAUAAUCACCGCCACCACCACAAACGAAAGAAGACCUCCAUCCCUCGAGGACAGAUCAUCUUCCGGCCUUUUAAUAUGAAGCGCAUGGAGCCUGUGAGCAUCCUCUUCGCAGACAUCGUGGGUUUCACCAGAAUGUCUGCCAAUAAGUCCGCCCCGGCCUUGGUGGGUCUUCUCAAUGACCUGUUUGGACGCUUCGACCGGAUCUGCGAACUGACCGGCUGUGAGAAGAUCAGCACUCUGGGAGAUUGCUACUACUGUGUCGCUGGCUGCCCUGAGCCCAGACCAGACCACGCCAACUGCUGCGUGGAGAUGGGCUUGGGAAUGAUCCAAGCCAUCGAGCAGUUCUGCCAGGAGACGAGUGAAACCGUCAACAUGAGAGUGGGAGUCCACACUGGCACCGUGCUGUGUGGGAUCCUGGGAAUAAAGCGCUUCAAGUUUGACGUUUGGUCAAAUGAUGUCAACCUGGCUAACUUGAUGGAGCAGCUCGGCGUGGCGGGCAAAGUACACCUGUCAGAAGCUACAGCCCGAUUCCUGGACGACCACUAUCAGAGGGAGGACGGGCGAGUGGCAGAGAGAGCCGGGGAGAGCGUGGUGGAGAAACUGAAAGGUCUGAAAACGUACCUGAUCUCAGGCAGGAAGCUGGAGCAUGACGCUCAGUGCGGCUGCUCUCAGGUGGGACUUUCAGCUGGAGGCGGCCUGUCCUCCUGUCCUCAGCCCUGCACGCCGGACCUAAUCCCUGGAGGAGCUAAGGCUGCUGAGCCCCUGCUGCCCAACCAACAGCCAGACAGGAUCGGGCCUCCCUCUGGGGCCCGUGGUGUCAUCCUGUCUUUGGGGGCAGAGCAUGGAGAAGAUGUAGCUGUGCUGAACGGCUGCCAGGAGGAGCACAAGACCAGCAGUGCAAAGUUCAUCCCAGGUCACAGCCCCCGAGCAGCCAACGGCCUCUUGAGUCCCCCUCUUGAGGACCCAGUGCGAGCCAGCCAGAGCUCUUUGUGCGACAUGCUCCAGGAGAAAGAAAAGAAGACCAGCACCAGCACGGGGACCGGCACCAGUGUGGGCAUGGCUGGCGGCGCAGGAGCAGCAGGCACGGGGAUGGAUCACUCGGCCCUGAUCCAGCUGCGUGCUAAGAACUUCAAGGAGAUGAGCGACGUACACUUUGUGGAUGUUAUCAGAGAGAACAGUCUGAUGAAGGACUACUUUUUUAAACCGCCCAUCAACAAAAUCAGCCUCAAUUUCCUCGAGAGACCUCUGGAAAAGGCGUACCGCAGCAGCUACAAAGAGGAGGUGAAGAACCAGGUCCAGGUGCAGACAUUUGCGAGCUCCACCUUCAGCUCCUUCCUGGACGUCCUGCUCAGCUGUUUUGUCUUCCUGGCUCUGACACUGGCCUGCUUUCUUCCUCCUCUGGUGAGCCCGGACACCGUGGGCCCGACUGCUGUGGCUGCCAUGGUCCUGGCUCCACUGGCAGGACUCUUUGAACUGGCGUCGCUGGUGCUGUCCAUACGGAUGGCCUUCUAUCUGGAGGAUGUGAUGAACUGUACCCGCUCGUUGCUCUUGGGGGUCUCUGGAUGGAUCCCGCGUCAUGUGAUUGGAGCUGUGUUAGUCUCCCUCCCUGCCAUCUCUGUGUUGUCUCACUUCACCUGCAGUGUCAACAUGCCCCUCCAGGUGAUCAUGUUCUUAUGCUGUGCCACUAUCCUGGCUAUCAUCCAGUACUGCAACUUCUGUCAGCUCAGCUUCUGGAUGCGUUCAGUCCUGGCCACUGCUACAGGCGUUGCCCUGCUGCUGCUGCUGUACAGCCCCCUCCACAGCUCCAGUAAUAACGGCUUGCCAGUUCAUGGCCUGAACAUCUCCUCCUCCAGCGAUGUGGUUUUGACGUCGGUCAUUCCCGGUCCUGACGCUGUUACUCCACCGCGUCUUCUUGACCUCCUGGUUCCAGAGGCCGUGCUGGCCUUCUUCCUCCUGCUGCUCCUGGUCUGGUUCCUCAAUCGGGAGUUUGAGGUCAGCUACCGUCUCCAUUAUCACGGGAACGUGGAGGCUGACAAGCACCGCUCCAAGAUCCAGACGAUGCGGAACCAGGCCGAGUGGUUACUGGGAAACAUCAUCCCCAUCCACGUCGCAGACCAUCUCAAGGUGACCCAGAGCUACUCCAAGAACCACGACAGCGUUGGUGUGAUAUUUGCCAGUAUUGUAAACUUCAGCGAGUUCUAUGAAGAGAGCUACGAGGGUGGUAAGGAGUGCUACCGGGUCCUCAACGAGCUGAUCGGAGACUUCGACGAGCUCCUGCGCAAACCUGAAUUCCAAAGAGUGGAAAAAAUCAAGACGAUUGGCGCCACCUACAUGGCGGCGUCUGGUCUAAACGUGGCGGAGAUGGCGGAGAACGACGAAGUCUCUCCUCACAAUCACCUGAAGGCACUUUUCAACUUUGCCCUGGAGAUGAUGGGCGUCCUGGACGACUUCAACAAGAACAUGCUGGGCUUUGGGUUCAAGCUCCGUAUUGGAUUUAAUCACGGCCCGCUGACGGCCGGGGUGAUCGGCACCACUAAGCUGCUUUAUGACAUCUGGGGAGACACGGUCAAUAUUGCAAGCCGCAUGGACUCCACAGGCGUGGAGUGUCGCGUGCAGGUGAGCGAGGAGAGCCAUGCAGUGCUCAGCAUCAUGGGCUUAGAGUUUGACUAUAGAGGUACAGUGAAUGUUAAGGGCAAAGGUCAAAUGAGGACCUUCCUGUACCCCAGAUGUGGGGAAAGCAUAAGUCAGGAUGGAACGGACCAGGGCCCCAGCAACGGAUCCGUGUCCGUGGCUUUAACAGCCAACAAGACUUCAGGAUCUGUUUCUCAGGCAGCAGCUCCUCCUUCCUAUUCCUCCACUCCCCCUCCUUCCUCCACCUCUGUUUCUUCACUCUCUCCCCCAUCACAAAGUGCUGUGAGGCCUUCAGGAGCACCUCAGUCCACAGAGAUGAGGGAGGAGGGAUAUAGGGACGCUUCACAUCUCCCCGCCACAGACGCUCACCUCCCUCCCAGCUCUGAACUCGGCCCAGAGCCCGGAGCUCACCUGUCCCUCCAGGUGCAGCCUGCUCCUCUCGCACUUCAGGAGGGGGAGGAUGAAGAGGCGGCUAACGAGCUAACGAAACUCAACGAGGAGUUUUACGCUCGUCUCUGAUCCCUCCUGUCGUCUGCUGCUGCCUCUCCAUGUCUGACUGCAGGUGUGGGCAGGAUGUUCCUUCCUCUGGAUGAAGUGUCCUCAGCAUGAAUGAAGAAGAGGAGUGUGUCGCUCCAACACAAACAGUGGCUACAAGAAUGGUCACCAAAGUCUUUCACAAAGUGCUGGGGCGGGUUGGACCUGUGUUGAGCACAGCAGUGUUGGGAAUAAAAGCUGAAAGGGUUCAGAGCGAUGCUGCUGGCUUUGUCCUCCAUGUUUUUCUAAUUUGUUUUUGUUAUAAAGUGCCUUCAGGACUAGAAAAGUGAACAAAUAUGAAAGCUGAACAAAGUCUGAUCAGUUGUAGACGACACAUUAUGCUGUGGUUUCUUACUCCAUGCUUUUAUUUUCAAUGCAAGUAUUUCUUUAAAACAAAAUCAUUGUUUUUGUGGCAUAUCAUUUGUUGUAACUUGAUCAAAGUUUUGACCUUUAAGGGAAAAUCAUUUUGGAUUCUACAUAAGUGCCAGUGCAAAAAAAAAGAUGGGCUGAGCAGGGAACUAAGGGAAGAAUGAGGGAAUCACGUGAAGCAGUGUUAAUAAAUGUAUUCUGCUUUAACAUGAGGGCUUCAUACAGUAUUCAUCUGUGCCAGAGUCUCGGUAUAAGGGGACGAGCUACAAAGCCUACUGCUUAGAUUUUAGUUUGUGUAGCAGCUAAAUGCACAUUUUAAGCACAGGUCUCGCACAGUGUUUCCUCGACCACUUGUAUUAAAUAAUCCUCACGGCAAAAAACACUUCUUUGAGCAUUUUAAUAGAACCCCUGUGUUUCACAAGAAGUACAAUCAAGAGCACAACAUUAGAUCAGAUAAGGGAAUAUUAGUUUGAUGAGAAGGUGGUUGAAUGGAGAUCAUCACGUGAGCUGGCAGGCACUUUAAUUAAUCUUUAAGUGAUACUUCACCCAAGAUUUGUCCUUCAGGAAUGAAACAGUCCUCGCUCAAAGACCUGGAACAUGGAAGUGAAAUAGGUUGCAGCCAGCACAGUCAGAUGGAACCACUCCACGGCAUUGAAAGCUGCAGUUCAGCAUGCUACACAUUUGUUACACUCACAUUUACCUGGUGAUUUUUGGUGUCCAUUACAGGACAUAAACAGGGUUACUCAGUUAUCAGUUUCAGGUCCAAUUGGUAAAAAUGUAGUGCAUACUUUUGGGGUCAUUUAUAUAAUUUUCAGUCACAGAGGAAAGACGAAUGUUGCAGCAAGAGAGGGGUAUAUGUAACAGCAUUUUACUUAGAUCCCAUGUCAUAGUCACACCUUAACACUUGCAGGUUUUAGCAUAGUGUGCAUUAGUUGGAGACUGUUCUUAUUGCCUUAUUAAGUGUGUUGGUAAGUGUUUACAGCAGCAGGAAGGUGAGCUGUAAGAGGGAUUAAAUAUGAGAUCAUGUAUAGUGAGCAGGUGGUUGCACGCAUUAGAAUCCCAACAGUGUGAGCAGGAGCUCGGUGCAAAGCGAAGGCACCCUGAAGUGAGACAAGGCAGAGUUCAUUGAGAAUUAAUAAGAGUUGUUUUGGGGUUUUGACCAAUCAGGAUCAGAAAUAGAUUAAUUAGCCUGUGUGUGAUGUAAAGAGGGAACAUGAAGGCUCACUGGCUCUAAAGCACAGAGAGAUCAGCUACAGUGUGUAAGGCUUUACUACCUGUCAGUGGGGUUGAUUCUUUCCUGGUUUUGAUCUAUUAAUUUAAUGUAUUAAUCCAAAAGAAGAUCCCAUGUUGAGAGCUUGAGUAAAGUAUCACUUAAAGCGGGACUUUGAGGGACAAUCACUGCAGAGUUGGGGCGGUCCUUCUUGUGUCCGAGCACAGAUCAACUUUUUUUCCUCCAGAGAGUUAGACUUCAGACUCACAGUUUGAGGCGUGUGUUGCCUUUGUCACCAGAAGACAAAACAAUCAUCGGUCAGUCCAUCACAUCACAGUUGAUGCAUUCACUCGUUCAUAUCGUCUGCCUUUAGCUGUGACUUGCUGUUAAAGGGGUGGGGCUCUAACCUGUAACGGCCCUUCCCCUCCGCUGUAUUAGUCUAUUUAACUCGUGCCACUUAAAUGGAGUGACCUACAGGUGCAGUGCAACCUAAACUAGCUGAUUGUUUUGUGGUGCCUCAAAGUAUGACUGUGUUUUUUUAGUAUUUUGGAUUUGGAAAGUUUUUUUUAAUCAUGCUGUUUUCAUACUGAGGAUAGAUAAUGAUUGUAUGUUUGAGGAAAUGACGCGUGUUGUGCAGGUUUUGUGAUUCUUUUUGACAGAUUCCAUCUUUUGUGUUGCUUUUCCUCCACCUGCCAUUAACAGGUUGCCUGGGAUAUUGUGAGGGUUUUCUUAUCCAGGACUACAAACCCUGUAGUUCCUUUUAGUUAUCACUCACUUCCUGCUUUGUUUUUACUCCUAAAAGCACUUGUUUCCCUCUUCAACUUUGUGUGCAUGUGUGGGAAAGAUUUUCAAGGUUUACUGCAACUAAACAACUUAAUAGAUCAGAGAACCACCUGACCAAAUUUGACCGAUAGUUUGAUGUUGCUGCCUUAAUCAUUUAGGAUUUAUACGCACAACACUACCUUCAUUAAAUUGGAAACCUUCAAUUUGACCCUGAAGAGAAAUUCUUCUGCUCAAAAGGAGGAACUAUCUUUUGUUUUCUUUGUAGCUGUCUCCAUCUGUAGCAAAAAAGAAAUGUGUUUACCUCUACUACUGUGCACUCCAAACACACAAGUGCCUUAGUUUAAUCAGCAUGUGUGGACUUCAUUACAUGUUAUCCUAUAAUAAUGAUAAGUUCACUGGAAUCCAAAAAGUUUCCCAAGACAAAAAAAUGACAUGACAUCUACGUAGCUGGCUUUAAUCUUAAUUUAUUGUGAUCAUUUAAUGUUGCAGGCUUGUAAUGCAACCUAUCCAUGUGGCAGUCGUGAUAGAUUUAAAGUGUGUGGGACUCCACAUGUUGAAGUGCACACCCCCUCUUCAGUAUCACACAUCUGUACACACAUAAAUAAAACAUUCAAGUGAACACUGCUGGGUCUGUGAUCUGUGAUACAGUCGGGGAAAAGUGUGUGAUCUUGUUUGCAUGCGGACUAACGAGGAGUUUCCUUCCCUGCUGAACAUUAGUAGUUUGAUUCUGCACCACAUGAUCAACCCUCGGAUAUGUUUCUCUUGAAGACUAUGUCAAACAUAGAUCAUUCAUUGCCUUCACGCAGGCUUCUUCAACUCACUCUGCUUUGCUCUUGUAAGGGAACUUAGAUUUAUUAUUCCUCUGAUAAUUUAUCUAAGGAUGACUUGUGUUUGAUGAGUUUGGUUUCAAAUUUUUGCAGAGUGUCCCUGGAAGUUCAGCGCUUUAGUCAAAAGAUGCUAUCAGGAAAACCUUGAAGAAGUAAUCAGUCAUCCUGUUUUGUUCAAGAAAUGUGAUUUUGGUUUGUGAUGGAAAAUAAGGGAAAGACAUCAAAGCAAAGAAGUGUUCUUUUUCAGCACUUGUUAAAAUCAUCACCGUUAUAUAGCAUCGCCACAUACUCUCAGUACAGUUGUUCAGCCCGUAUGUGUUUUUAAUUACACUGGGACGAAUAUGGAACGAGUUGUUUGAUUGAAACUGUUUUUCUUUUUGUUUCAUGUUCAUGAAUGAGGUGUAUUAUGUAUGUUCUUGUGCACAUUACCCUUGUAUCAUUUAUCAACACCUGAUCGUAAUCUGUACACAUUUGCACAAAGCACUCAGUGUUUGUACAUAUGCAGUUAUUUUGUCACAUAUGAUUUUUUUUAUACAUGUGCAUGUGUCAGAUUUUGCCAGAAAACAAUGAAAAUGAGACACGUAUUAUCAAAUCAAAUUAAUGUGUGUCUAUUUGAGUGAAUGUUAUGAUUUUAAUACACUUUUUUUCAGAGUGAGAGAAAUAAAUCUCUAUCAGAAAACAGAUGAGUGCACUGUUAAGUAUAAAGUGAGCCUGAAUCUAUGUCAAAACAUGUUCACUAAAAUUA